AGGUUUUGCUUCUCGGCUCCUUAAUAGUAAGUUGGUCUCGAGGAGAUUCUUUGGUAGCGAAAAUGGAGCCGGGUUGUGUGUUACUGCUCCUGCUGCUUUUUGACAAGCGUAGUAGCAGAGGACAGGGGACAGGCAAUGUGCAGCUGCCCUUGCAGGACUCGUCGAGGAUGGAUGGGAGUAAUUUCCAAUUUGAGUGCAUUUGCUCGACUAACUUAAUCUCAGAAUUCAUCAUCGUGGACUAUAGUACUUCGUUUCGUCUCGUUUUAGGACCACACACACGCACCCAGUAUUAGGGCACUUGGUGCAUCGCCUCAGGUCAAUCCGAGUCGGCCAAUCCCACAUCAACGAAUGUGUCUCCAAGUUGUACAUCCAUCGCCAAAUACUUGAGCUGAUAGUUUUGAAUCUUCGCAUCUGUACCGCGGGCAAGAUGCCCUCGUGCUUCCUAUCACGAACGGCUGCUCAUCGGGUUAUCUCCGGAUGCCCUCACGUCAAUUGCGAUGCAAAUCUAUCAUGUCGGCCAGCGUCUGUGUAUUUUCGGAGCGUGGGUUGACGUUCCGGUGCCUGGCGCCUAGAUGCUGAGAGCGAGCGACACAGCGGAUGCAUGUUUGGCCUCUUCUUCCCAUCCACAACGAAUUGCAGCUGUAUAAAGACCC